AUGACCAUAGAGGAAAAGGGAGAGAAUUUAGCUAGUGUAAAUCGCAUAGAGGGAACAAAGAGAGGCCAUGGAAAGAGAAAUCAGUCACGAGGUACCAAAACCGGCCGUGAGAAAACUUGUUACCGAUUUGGUAGAACUGGACAUUUCGGUCGAGAUUCUAACUGUCCAGCAAGAGGUCAAUUCUGUCAUCGAUGUGGGCUGGAAGGACGUUUUCAAGAGCAGUGCAGGACAAAGCAGAAAGGUGAAGAAAAGCAAAAACAAACCAAAGGCCACAGGAACCCCAAGGGAGGUGCUGCAAAUAUGGUUGGUUGCCACAACGAAGAAGAGUAACCAGUGUAUACUUUUACGGUAGGAGGCAGGAACGAGGAGAAAAUUGAAGUAACCGUUGGAGGAUGUAAGCUGAACAUGAUCAUAGAUUCUGGAGCAAGCACUGACAUCAUUGACAAGGAAACAUGGGAGUGGUUGAAGAAAAACAAAGUGAAGUGUGAAUCAGCUCGCUCGAGUAGGAAACUCUAUAACUACGCAUCCCAGACACCACUCGAUGUGAUAGGAACAUUCUCCCGUGAGGUUUCUGCAGGAAGCAACUCUCCUAGUGCCAAGUUUUGUGUGAUCAAUGGUGAAGGAGACCCCCUUCUGGGGAAGGACACUACAACUGGUCUAGGCGUACUGAAAAUAGGGAUUGGUAUCGCUGCAGUAAGUGCAGACCCAAAGACCAUUGGUGGGAUCCUGCAACAGAAGUACCCAAAUGUUUUCAGCGGCGUUGGAAAGUUGAAAGACCGAGCAGUACAACUCCACAUCGACCCCAAUGUGACGCCAGUAGCACAGCCGAUGCGGAGGACUCCGUUCAGCAUGAGAUCAAAGUUGGAAGAAAAGAUUAAAGAACUCAUUGAACUAGACAUUAUUGAACCUGCACAAGGGACUAAACCAUGGGUUAGCCCAAUUGUUGUUGUUGUCCCAAAGUCUGGAGGUGAUAUCCGUCUUUGCAUUGACAUGCGAAAGGCUAACGAGGCAAUACAGAGAGCCAGACACCCGAUCCCUACUGUUGAUGAGAUUACUCAGAGCAUCAGUGGCAGCAAGGUAUUCUCCAAACUUGACCUUAAGUGGGGAUAACACCAGCUUGAACUUUCCCCAGAAUCCCGAGAGAUUACUACGUUUACUACCCACUGCGGUCUGUUCAGAUACAAGAGACUAUUGUUUGGUGUUAACUCUGCUUCCGAACAGUACCAGUACGACAUCCAGACAGCACUUGCGGGUAUAG